UUGUAAGUGGUAAUAGUAAGUAUAAUAAUUGUCAGGGGGCAAAGAGUGGCAAAAGUGUGAUUUUGCUUGUGAGCAGGCAAACUUUCUAAAUGCAUGAUAUCAAGGUUAAUUUAGGUGGUAUGGGGGGGGGCUUGAAAAUUUGACAAUGCUCAUAACUUUGUAAAUGAAGGUAAAUGCAUUUGCACACAUCAAAUUACUAAUGAAACAGAGGAUCAGGGCUCUUUUGUAUGUUGUAGUUAAUUUUGCCAGACCAGUCGCAAUUCCAUUGUCCCCUUUUUAUGUAAUGCUGUUUAUCCACAGCAUUAAACAAGCACAUUGCUUGAAAAAUCUGUCUGAUAAACUCCCUCUUAUCCUGGAUAAAAUAUAAUAUAAUUUAGGCUUUUUUGUUAAAUAAGUAGCAAAAUAUCUCAGGGACAAGGCUGCUUAAGUGUGGAUGCAUCCAAGCAGGGCUGCCAUCAGGGGGGCACAGGGGGUACAGUUGUAUACAUACAAGCCCGGGCGGCCCAGCUGUGCUGCACUUUUUGAAAAUGACAGUGCCCAAGUGAAUCGCCGAACCACCGAAAACCAGAAGCGCCAAGGACCCGAAACCGCGAAUGGAGCCGAAGCCACAAAAAGACCGGAAGUUAAAGUCCUGAAGCCACAAAAGGAGCCGAAGCUGUAUCCCCGAAGCUACUAAAAGAAUGGAGCAACGAAAAGAGGCGAAGGAAAAUGAAGAAGCUGUUCUCGCAGAGGACAAGGAAGAAGAAUCGAAGCAGAGACAGGUUCCCCUCCCCCCACGGCUGAGCAGAAGGUACAAUGCAGGCGAGGCUGAGCUUUGCUGUGGAGUUUGAGCCUUGGGUGUAACCUAACCAGCUAGGGGAAGCACAGAUCCUGAUUGACAGCAGGACUAGCAUUAUGCAAAUACCACAAGCCUGAACAGAGGCUGAUUGGGGCCCCAGCAGGGGCUCUCAUACACACGUCACAUGUUUAUCUUAAAGUCUUGCUCUUGUGUGUAAAGCACGCUUAUCCCUUAAUCUGCAUUUUAUACAUUCUCUCUCCUAUUGCACAGCAUUAGAAUUUUGUGUGUGUGUGAUUUAUCAUCGUGGCGUCUCUCAGCAUUCUUCACAAAGUCUUAUGUAGGUCAGGCCUGUCUUAAGCAGAUUUCCUGAACCUGUGUCAGAUUAAGCUGAAGGAAUUUUAAUAAACCCUCCCAUGUAGGCGUAGGCCUAAGCGAGACUAACCUAGUUAAGCCUGAUUUUUUUUUUAUGUGUGUGUGUCUGAGGGGGAAAAGAGCUGUGCAGAACUCAAGGCUGAAUGGUGGCUCCAGGAACUGGCUGCUAAUAAAAGGAGAACUGAAAAAUGACGGGGAAAGCUCGCUCGUCUAAUUUUACAGUAUUUGAAAAGCUCGAUUUGCUGAAUCUGGUGAAGCCAUACAUAGGGGUGCUGGAGGAGCACACCAACAAACACUCGGUCAUUAUCGAAAAAAACAACUGUUGGGAGAUCAUCACCGAAAAGUACAACGCCAUGGGGACUGGGCGGCCACCCCGCACGGCGCACGGUUUACGCACGCUGUACAAGAGGCUCAAGGAGUACGGCAAGCAGGAGCUGAUGCAGUGCAAGACUUCGCAGGCCGACUACCAAACGACUGUGUCAGAGGCCACAAAGAAACUUGUCGAGAUCAUCCCACAAUUUAGCGGCUUGUGCUUUGGACGAGACAUCAGCUUAGUGCAAAGUGAAUCCGUUGCUUCAGAGGGGGAUAUGGGAUUAAGCUCACAGCAGCUACCCCUGCAAGAACAACUUGCUUCUGUCACAGUCCAGCUAGAGUCAGAGGAUGAAGAUGUGAAACCCCCUCCAGCUUUGCUCAUAGAGCCACUACCUUCAGCUGAGCCUGAGAUCGAAGAACCUGAGGAUCAGCAAUUUCAGCAUACACUAGAGGGAUCAUUAUCUCCUCUUUCCUCUGUGGACAUGAGGUUAUCCAUAUCUCCCCCAGUCCCAAGGAUAGAGGAAUGCUUCAGUCAUACCGGGGAACGUUUAAGAUCAACCUGUGCUUGCAGUCCUGAAACCCUGCAAAUGGUGAGAAAAGAACAUGAAAUCAUUCUGGGCAAUCAGAGACAAUAUGGACUUUAUAUGAAGGAGAAGAGGGAAGGCUUGAAGAGAAGGCAACACUUAGAAGAGGAGUUAUUAAGGGCAAAAAUCAAGGUGGAAAAAUUAAAGGCGUUGAAACUGCGACAUGAUCUACCUGAAUACAGCAAUCUAUAAAACUUUUUUUUCAUUUUUUUUUUUAAAUUAUUGUUUUAAUUAUUUGUUUACAAAAGAGACAAAUGUUUUUUUUGCCCAUAUUGUUUACAUCUAUGGAUAAUUAUAAUACUGCUGGAAAUUAGGCCAAAUGCAUUUAGAUAUAUAUGUAAUAUGUUAAGUUUUAUCCUAUGUUUAAGUGCAAAGGCUUAGGCUAAUGUCACACCGGGCUGAAACUUGGUGUGCUGAAAAACGCAGGCCAAGAAUCCGCCCUUUACCUUGCCUGGCCCCGGAUCCAUCAUUUUGGGUGCAGGUACUAAUUUAAGUAAAAAUGCAAGCGCUCAUAUUUUUUUGACAAAUUCGCCAUGUGUACCUGCACUGGGGCCAACACAUUUUUUUCCGCAGGCCGAGUUUCAGCUCUGUGUGGCAUCAGCCUCAUGGAGGCUCAGGGAGUACUGUGCUGAUCAAAAUAACCUUCAUUAGAAGAGAACUACCUAUGGCAGACACAGCCACUAUCAGUUGGGAUCACUCAGGAACAUCUUCCUGAGAUCACUGUAGCAGCCAGAACACUCAGGGGGUCAUUUACUAAACGCAAGUGCUUUAGCACUAAGGGGCAUAAGAGCAUGGCCCACUUAACAAGCACUUGUGUCCCAGGCUAUGGUGCACAUAAUGCUGGAUUGAAAUCGUCAGGGGGCACAUGCAGAAACAGGGCAUGAUUGUCAUGUGCUCCCCCUGCACAGCUGAAUAAUGCAAAUAUUACAGGGUAGGAAGGGGUACAGCGUUGACUAAGGUUGCCACCUGGCCAGUAUUUUACCGGUCUGACCGUAAAAAUGAUGGUUGAUCCCAAUGUUAUUAUUAGGGAAAAAAGAUAAAUAUAUAGGAAGGCAAGUAUUUUUUCCAGAAAAGGUGGCAACCCUAGCGUCAACUAACUCGGUCAAUGUUGUAUUCGUGAGAGUAGCAGCAAUUCUAUGAGCUCCGGAACAGGGCAUUGUAAAUUGUAGAUACCCCUUAGCGUCUACAAGAUUAUUUAUGUAUUAUACGCCAACCUAACCUGUCUAUAUGUAGCUAGAACUGCUUGUAUGGCCACAUCCCCAUAUAUGUGGACCAUAAUGGGCCAAACCACCACCACCAUCAUUCAUUUAGCCCAUAGGCCAUAUAUUGGAUAACAGUGGGAUGGGCGGGGCUAAAUAAUUAAUUGUUAAAGAAUAAGGGUGUUUCGGAAUGCUAAACUUUUUUAUGUUCUAUUUAAGUUUAGCUUUUUAGUGAAGAUCCUGAUGAAAUGAACUGGCAAAUCAUAUGCCUUGCUGCAUGACAUUGGCACAAAGUAGGAACCAUGAUAGCAUUCCAGCUGGUUCAUUUUAUCAAGGUCUCUGUCACUGCCUGGUUACAGGUUUUCCUAGUCUACACCGGAGCAAUUUAUUGUGUAUUAACGGCACUCAGAUUAUCAGCACACUGUACUGUUUGGCAGCAAUGGGUUACUGUUCUAGCAUAAAACUCACCUGUAUUAAUGCAUACAUCCGUAUAGUAAUUACCAGGGUCUGCAAGGAUUAGCCUAGGGAUAUCAACUCUAUAUUUAUAAUGAAAUAACCGCUUCCAAAUUAGUUUAUCACUAUACAGAUUAUAGAAUAUUUGUAAAAGUUAAUUAUCCCAGUUUUUAAAGGGUAACCUGUGUCCAGACUCCAACAUGAAGGGGUAAACUAAUCCAUGACUUCUUUCAGAAUCUAACUGGAAAAAUCUAAAAAGGAAUAAAAUAGAUUUAUUUGGGCCAGUUGCUUAUUAUAACAUUUGAUUUAUGAAAGUAAGUUUACUGUAGAUGCUAGACUUGGAGCCCUAAACCUGCUGGUUCCUAGCAUAGGAUAGCAAGGAGAUUUAAGUCAGUAGCUGCUAUUUUAGUACCCACUUCUUGUGCCCAUCCACAUGCCCCAUUAUUUCUGUUCACUUAAUCAGCGUUACCCAGGUACCUCUUAGUGACACGGAAAUAAAGCAAAAUGCAUAUAUUUUUAUGUUAAUUUGUUAAACAGUUUGUGUCUAUCAGGGAUGCGUUUUAAAGUCCCCGGUUCCUGUAUUUCGUUUGUCUUCUCCGCCUUAUGAUGGAGUGUCACUUAUGGUCUCUGUAUCUGACCAGUUUUGGAUAAGUAUGAUUAUCCCUAAAAAUCCAGCAGGAAAGCAAAUUAUUCUCUAAUUAAAGGAGAUUUAAAGUAAUCCCGCUAAAUUAAGGGAUUUCAGAUGAAUCUCUUAAUAUAAACCAGUUUGUGUUAUACUGUUUUUUUUGUACGUUAAUAGAUAAAGCCAUGGUUCCCUCUGCUAUGUAAAGCAGGGGAGAGACCUAUAGCUUUAAGACCAUAAGAAAGUAAUAUAUAUUAUAAACUACCUUAUUUUUGAAGAUUUUACUAGAAUCCAUUCCCUUGUUCAAAACACGAAGCUUAAAGUCCGAUUUUACUUCACCUUUAAACUUUGUGUUUUGAAUUUCCUCUAACAUUAACUUUUGCUGUGAUGUAAAUUGUGGAACUCCAGAGACAUUUUGCAUUUAGUAUAUAUUUUUAUUUUUGUUGUUAUAAAUGGUUUGUCUUUAUAUUUUGUCUCCCACUAGCAUGACUUUUAAAAUGCUGGUUCCUGGGGUCAAUCACAAACCUAUAUUUUUACAUUUUUAAUAGUGUUUAUGUCCUAUCUCUGUCUAGUCAGACACAUUCCAAUUAAUUUUUCACUUGCCUUUCAUACUACUUACUGGUUGCAAAGGCAAGGGGGCAGCUCUCCAGUUUGGACUAAAAACUGAACAAAAAACUUGUCUGUCUUAUUAAAAAUUACUUUAAAGGUGAACCGUUCCUUUAAUUCAGUUCAGAGGAAAAAUGCCUUCUGAUUUAAAUUUUGCUUUACGUUUUGUUCACCCCCCUUUGGGUUUUGUUUUUUAUUUUUAUUUCGCCCUUUCUCCCAAAAUCUAGAAUUGGGCAAAUAUAUGUAAAGACAAAGGAGUACUUUGCGCUGCACAUAACUUUCUGCAUUUAAGCAGGGGUUGGAAACUUGAGAACUUGAAAUAUGAAUGUGCACUCUAUGUUUGAUUUUUGAGUAAACCGAAUUUAAUUUGAAAACAAAA